CCUCAGGCUUUGCCACUCUGCACCCGUCUGUUGAUCAGCUGCUCUUCACUUUAGGCUCAGGUCACUUAUCCUUUCUCACCCUUUCAACCUUUAUCUGUCCCGGCAGCCAUGAGGACCACCGUGGUCGCUGUUGUCAUGGUGAUGGUGGUGAUGGUGCAGGCCAUCAAGCCUCUCAGGGAUUUCGACCCACAGAGGUUUGCAGGUAAAUGGUACCGUGUGGGUCUUGCCUAUGAUUCUCCCAGUUUUGCCCCAUACAGAGACAAACUAAAGGUCUCCAUGGGCACUAUCACACUGACAUCUAGUGGCAACUUUAACCUGACAAUGUGGGACGCAACACCUUUGGGCUGCCAGGUGAAGUCCUACCUGUAUGAGAAGACCAGCACACCAGGACUCUUCACGUACUUCAGCACACGCCAUAACAUGGUGAAGGACAUCACAGUGGUGGACACAAACUACACCGACUACGCUCUGGUCCUCAAACACAAAGUGUUUAACAGAGAGUACACGCAGGUGGCGCUUUACGGCCGCUCUCCCAGAGUUAAACAUGAGGUUUUCAACAAGUUUAGAGCCUUUGCCUUUUCUCGAAGUUUUCCUAGAGAUUCUAUUCUGACUCCACCACCUGCAGAGAACUGCCCGGCUUCUGGAUCUGGGCGCUAGCUGUUUGCUACAGCGACACACGGAGACACAACAGCGCCAUAAAUCAAUGAUUAAACUGUGUUUCUGUAGAACUUCAGAUUGAUGUCCCGAAUGAAGACGAGGCCCUGUCUAGACUAUAUUUAACCAUAACAGGUCCUAAGAAAUACAUACCAAAUAUAUAAAAUAUAUACAAAAUAUAGGGAAUAAACUUAGCAACGUUUAAUAAUUAUUUUACUGUUUUGUUUUCUCUCAGCAUUGUUGUUGUAACGUAUGAGCAUAAAAUUAUUUUUUAAAAUGGUAAUAAACCUUUGUGUGUGAUUAAACUUUUUGAAUCACA